AUGAGCAGCACCAAGCGUGGCGCCGCGAGGGGCGUGAAGCUGCCUCGUCGCAGAGCCCAUGCCAACGUGCUCGAAAAAUUGCCCCCUGCGCCGACGGCAGCGCAACUCAAAGAUGCCGCCAUUGAAGUGUCGCUCGCCGAUCUGGAAGAGCGCGUGGCCGAUGUGCGCGACUCGUGGGAGACAGACUCGCUCUUUGAAGACACAUUUGAGGCUAUCGCCGAGGAGAGCUCAGCUUCCUCAUCCACGUCUAGUCACAGCAGCGACACUUGCACGCCCGACGAGGCGAACCGCAUCCGCAGAGAACUUCGCGAGCAAGGUCCCGCCGUCUUUUGCCAGCGGACGGUGGACGCCGGGCGCUACACGGCCAAGAAGCUGCUCUCGGCUUUUGGCAUCAAGCCGCCCGCCUUCCUCGAGGGUGAGCCCGACGAGUCGUACUACAGCCUGCUCUCGCUGGCCAUCACCCGCGAGCUCUCCAAGCGUGCCAAGAUUGCGCGCUACAACAGCGUCGAGGACGCCGUCGACCUGAUUGACCGGAGCUCCAACAUUAUCCUCAUCACCGGCGCCGGCAUCUCGACGUCGCUCGGCAUCCCCGACUUCCGCUCCAAGGGCACCGGCCUCUACUCCAAGCUCGCCCACCUGGGCCUCAGCGACCCGCAAGAGGUCUUUGACAUUGACGUCUUCAAGGACGACCCGUCCAUCUUCUACUCGGUCGCCAAGGACAUCAUCCCCGCCACAGAGCGCUACACGCCCACGCACAAGUUCAUCGCCAUGCUGCACCAGCGCGGCAAGCUCCUCACCAACUACUCGCAAAACAUUGACAACCUCGAGGUCAAGGCCGGCGUCCCCAAGGACAAGCUCAUCCAGUGCCACGGCUCCUUUGGCACCGCCUCGUGCGUCCAGUGCGGCUACCAGAUCCCCGGCGAGCGCAUCUUCCCCGACGUCCGCGCGGGCAUCAUCCCCAAGUGCCCGCGCUGCGCCCAGCAGGCCGCCGCCUCGAGCCGCGCCUCCUCGUCGGCCAAGCGGCGACGCACCGCCGACAAGAAGCGUCGCCGCUGGUCCGCCGCCGACGACGACAGCUCCGACGACGACCACUCGUCAGCCUACGACGUGCCCGGCACGGGCGUCAUGAAGCCCGACAUUACCUUUUUCGGCGAGGCCCUGCCCGACGAGUUCUCGCGGCGCCUGACGGAGAAUGACCGCGACAAGGUCGACCUCGUCAUCGUCAUCGGCACCUCGCUCAAGGUCACGCCCGUCUCGGAAAUCGUCAGCUGGCUGCCCUCGCACAUCCCCCAGCUCUACGUCUCGCGCCAGCCCGUCACCCACAUCAACUUUGACAUUGACCUGCUCGGCGACUGCGACGUCGUCGUCGCCGAGCUGUGCCGCCGCCUCGGCUGGCCCAUGGACCACGAGAUGGUGCCCCCAGACCAGCGCAUCGACGUCGCCACCGAGACGGGCUCCCCAAGCCAGCACACUUUCAGAGUGCGGGAUCCCGCCAUGGCCGGCGAGGACAAGAAGGAGACCGAGGACGUUGACGAUGAAGAGAAUGGCAAGCCCACCACGCCAUCCUCGGUCUGA